UGCCUGGCAACUCACAAUUUACAAAUGGCCGAUUUCCUGUUCUGGGAGGUUUGUUUUCGUUCGGCAGUGCAUGCAUGUUUAGCCUCAAUAUGUAGAGUGGCAUGCGACAACAGGCGAACAUGCUAUUAACUUUGGAUGAUUCUGAAUGUUGUGCAUUUCUUUAAGUUUAAAAACAAAAACUUUGUGUCGAAGGAAGGAAAACGGGCACCUGUUGGUUUGAAUCGGGAUCCUUGUCAUUAUUUUGACAUCGGGAAAUUCUGAUGACUUUGUGAACAGACCACUCAACCAAAAUGUCGACAGUGGCUACUACACCAACUGUGACGUCAGGAACGGGGAAAUAUGAUAGCAAGUCUCCAGACCAUUUUAAGUCCAAGUCCCCGGACAAGCAGGAAAAAAAACCUCUGAUGGACAAGCUGGAGAACAGACUGACCAUGAAGGACCUGAACAAGCUACAGAGAGCGUUUAUGACGGAGGGGGACGGUUACGACAAUAAGCUUGCUCUGUACAGGGACCAGUUCUGUGAGGCACUAUCCAUUCUUCUGGAGAAAGGAACGAGGGAAGAGUAUGGAGAAUUAUUUGACAAAGUUGAUGUUGCACGGGAGGGGAGUGUCGACUGGGACAAAUUUGCCUCACACAUGCUGCUUGAGUUUUACGAAAAAGACGAUCGCGUGAAAUCUACUCAGGUGCCUCAAUGGAAAGAUUUGAAGUCUUUGCCUAGUCCUCACAAAGAUGUCAUACAGAAGGUGGUUUUCCUAAAGAACACCAACAAAUAUAUAGCUGUCAGUAAGGAAGGUACAAUAUCCAUCUGGCCACAGGAUAUGAAGCAGUCAAGGUCAUUCAAAACAGGAACUGACACCUGUAAAGGUCGUGACCUUUGGAUAACGCAUUUCUGUGCUUUACAGAACAUCAACAAGCUGGCUUUGGCCUUCACCAGUAAAGAAAUUUCUAUUUAUGACAUGAGUACCAAACUGGACUUCAACUGUCAAUACAAGAUCCAGGGUCUACCCUACACACCUCUGACUUUAGACUAUUGGUCGAAUCCUAACAACCCUAACGAAGCCUUGCUAGUGUGGGGAGAUGUCGGAGGUUUUGUCAACGUCAUAUUUUUCAAUUCUGCCAAUAUUGCCUUAUUUGAGAGACCUCCAGCUCCAGCAGGGGAAAAGCAAGCUUGGCAAGAACCAUGUCUGAGUGUCCAGCUUCAGGACGUGAUCGGAGAACAGACGUACAAGAACGCCAAGUAUACUGUCCACGAGGCUCAUAAGAAGGAGUGGGUGAGACAGGUGCGAUAUUCACAGUAUCUGGAGUGUUUUAUCAGUUGUUCAACGACAAAUAUUAACUCCAUGGUGAUUGGAUGGAUGGAGAAACACACUUCUGUUACUCCAAGCAAAAACCAACAGAUCAGCAAAGAAAUCCUACGGAAGUCGGAGUUUCACAUACCCCAGGGAAUCAAUGCAUUUGAUUACAAUCAGACUCUUAACCUCAUAGCCACAGCUGGUGUCAAUCAUCACGUCUGCUUGUGGAAUCCUUACGUCGUCUCCAAACCAAACGGGGUGCUGAGAGGUCACAUGGCCAGUGUAAUACAGGUGCAUUUCAUGAAGAGCCGUGCACAGCUGAUAAGUUUCUCUAAGGACAAGGUUCUGAGGAUCUGGGACGUUCAGCUCCAAGUGUGUAUCCAGAGAUUGGCUGGAAUGUUCCCUAAGGGGCCUGAAGUCUAUAGCUGUCUGUAUUUUGACGAGCAAAGGGAGAGAAGCGGGCUAGAGAAGAAUCGCUUACUCAUCACAUUUAACUACCAACUCACCAUGAUGGAAAUGAAGGCGGAGAUUCGGGAUCGCAUCAUGUCACAUGACAAACCAGUGAUCAGCGCCAUCUAUAACACCACUUACAAUCAGGUGGUCAGUGUUUGCCAAUCAGGAACUCUCAUCAUCUGGAUGAUUGACACAGGUCAAAAGGUCAAACAGUUCAGCAGUGCCCAUGGCAACGCAGAGGUCACAUGUCUGUCUCAGGAUCCAACAGGCACAAAGCUGUUUACAGGUAGCACAGACGGAACUGUCAAGAUGUGGGAUUUCAAUGGCCACAAUUCUCAUUCGCUGGAGUGUGCAGGCGGACAACCAGCAGACGUGGGGCAGGUGCUCAACCUCAAACGCAGCAUCGUCGUGGUGGGCUGGGCCAGAUAUGUGACGAUAUUCCGAGACUCAGCCCUACGAGACACUGGUGCCUUGUUUGCACAGGUCACUCCCUCCGAGUGGAAAGGUGGACAGGAACACCCUGAGGACAUCCUCUGCUGUGCCUUCACGGCUCCUAACACCAUGGUAACCGGAUCGUACGAUGGAGAGAUUGUCGUGUGGAAUACAAACUCGGAGCAGGCCUCUCGCCACCUCAGUCAACGGUCUCGCCGGAAGAUGCUUAAAUCUCGCACCAAGUCCAUCGUGUCUACAACAAAUCGUGAUGUUGCAAGAGUAUCGGAGACGGAUGCCGAGUCUCGUCCAAGAUCUCGCCCCAACUCUCGUCCAAAAUCUACAACAAAUGGUGGAACAAAGGAAGAGCAGAAGGAGUUUGGAUUUGCUGUUUCUCGACUGAUUUUCUUGGAAAGCAGAAAAACGAAUUCUGGGGGAGGUAGCGCCAACCUCAUGUCUUGUGGUGGUAGCGGAAUGGUUCGGUUCUGGAACACUUCGACAAGUUCUUUGGCUGCCGAGUUUCAAGCGCACACAAAUGGAAGCAUAAUCAUGGCGACGGACAAACUGAACCAGUGGUUGGUAACGGGUGAUGCUGAUGGACUCAUCAAGGUCUGGGAGAUCACAGAGUACUGCAUGCAUAGCCAAACUGACGUCAUACUCAAGUCAAGUCCGCCGAUGAAAUGUCAGUACCAGGCACAUACAGACAUGAUAAACUCUAUUGACAUGUGCGAGAGAAACGAGCGCAGCCUCAUCAUCACAGCAUCGUCCGACUGUAGCGUGGCUGUGUUUGACGUCCGCGGCAACAAGAUUGGUGUCUUCGGACAGGAGGAGCACUGGAAGAUUGAGACAUACGACCCAGCAGAGGAGCUAGAAGACGAGGAAGGCAAUAGUGAGGAGGAGCCAGAGGAUGAGGAGGAAGAGGAGUUGGAGGUAGAGGUGGAAAGUGUGUGGGAGCCGGAUGAACGUGCCAUCACUGAGCCGGGUACACAUAGGAUCAACACCUGGGACAGCACCUGUUUAGGCAAGAAUUACCAGGAGACUCGAGUACGAAAGAGAGAGAGGAAACAGCCGGGGACGAUCCCAAACCUGCCCUAUCUGACCUGGGAGAAAACGGGACAGGCUCCUGCAGGUCCAUACUCGCAUCAAAAUCUUGGUGUUGGUAUGCCAUUUGAUGUACAUUACAUGUAUCGGGCGUUGGAGACGCAAGUUUUAUUGGACUUUGAUCCUCCGUCAAAACCUGAUGUCGUGAGCAUGACCCAGACUGCGAGUCAUCCUAUCAACAUUCCCAAACUUCCUGCGCUCGUCGACAGAAGACAUAUCUUUAAAAGAUCAGUUUCUCUCAAACAGCCGGUACCUGAGAAAGAGAUCUUCCCAAAGUACAUUCUGGACUUUGAGGCAAAAAUGAAGAGUUACCACAAAAUGCAACUGAAUCAACAACUGGGUGGUGGUCUGAAGGGAAGGCUUGGCGUCGGUGGAGCAGGUCGUACGAGUCUACAGAACAUCGGCCUACAGCUGGGACAACACGCCCUAAAGUCGCCGCCUAAGGCCCUCAACAAGUCCCUGAAGGUCGGCAUGAGGAAACCAGGAUCGCGUAGAACGUCAGUUUCAAUCUCAGAAAUGUCCUAGUGGCCUCAAAUGUUUGUCUGUGACAUUUACUGAUUUGUCAGCGGGACAGUAAUAUUGUCAGAUUUUCUGUCAAAAGUAUGUAGAACGAUGAGUGAAGUGACAUUUAAGUCUGUGGAAAUGUUCAAGGAUGAUGGGCGAAUCGUGACGUGCCUCUUCUUCACAAAUUACUAGCAAGACCGCUGAAAUGAUGAGUUCCAUUCGCCAAUGAAAGAUAAAAAAAAAUGUUGGCGGAAAGUGUUUGAAUUUUCCUCUCAAAUGUGAGCUGGCACAAGGAUCAGGGUUAAAGUCACUUUCAAAUUGUCUGUCAAAGGUGCAAGAAAGACAGCUGUAAGGAAAUUCAGAUCUGGUGUCCAUAGCCUGCAGAUUGUUAAAGGUGCAGAAAAAAUGGCUAAAAUGACAUUCAAAUUUGGCUUCCAAACAAUAGAUACAAGGUUUAUGACUUCAAAAUCAUCCUUAGCACUGUUACCCGAUUUCAUAAAAGUCACAAGAUUUAUGAAAAGAUAACUCAAAAACUCAUAACAGUACUUUUCAAUGUGUGAGAUAACUUUGACAUGUAUAAUGUGUGUGAGAUUUAGUCAUUCUUUAUUCUAGAUAUAUACUUGUCCAUCGAUAUUUUAUUUGUAAACGAUACGUUUGAAGGAAUUCCAGGAUUUCGUGCAAAACAUUCAUUGCUUGUUUGUUUACACAUAGAAUAUAUUUUUCUGCACUUCUAGCAACCAAAUGAAAUUUCAGAUUUCCUCUCACCAUUAGGGAGUAAGGCAUCUAUUAUUCUUGGUGUAAUGAGAAUGAUUAUGAAAUUAACUUUGUUUUUCAAUUGAUCUGCAAGUAAAUGAAAACAAAACCCAAAAAAUAGUUUAUUUAGAAAAUAUUUUAAAAAUGUAAAUUGUCCUGAUACCAGAAAUCUAACAAGGAUUUGGGCAACAACAUGAAACUAUUUCAAUUUUUCUGACAUACUCAUUGGUUGAAUCACAAUCACAUGGAGGUCGGUAAUUUGUGAAAUUGACUUGGUGUUACUAUUUUUAGAAACAUCAAUUUUAUAUUCUUAAUGAUUUCACUUCUACUGUAACGUCACAGUGCUCUCUGCCAAAUGCAGAACUUUUUUCCUGAGGAAUGGUUUAGGCUCUGUCUUGUUUAUAGAGAGAUUAAAGAUAAUUUGUAUCUAAUGAAACAAUUAAGGACUUUUAAUUUUGUGAAUAUGUGGAUAUAGGAACCUUCAAAGUGAUACUGGUCUCGACUUUGCCUUGGUCAACAUUCCUUUUGCGGGGUCAUACAUUCACCUCAACAAAAGUAUGCAAUUGAUUAUUAUUCUGUAAAGUCAGUAGCCUUUUGUGGAAAACAAAAGAUUUUUUUUAAUACAAUUUUUACAUUGUCCGUCCAGCAUUGAUCUCCGGUAUUUUUAGCAAUCUGUGAUACCCUUUUUUAUUAUUUAUGUAACUAGAGGUCCGCAUAUCAUUGAUAUACAGGGUCCUAGACGUCCACAUAUCAUUGAUAUACAGGGUCCUCAUCAAGUCAUUGUACACAUAUUAGUUUUCAUGUUUGUCCUGCACUUCAUUUGUGAACUUUGUAAAAUUUCAGAUCAACCGUAAACCCCCUCAUCUCUAUUUUUAUCAAAAUCAUCCCCACAAAAUAUUUGUUGCCUGAUGUCCCCCUUUAGUGGCUACAAGAAGAAAGUUUUAAGGGUAAUUUGACUAAAAUGUUUUUGUAUAUCUUUAUAUAUAAUACAUGUGAAAAAUGGAGGCAAAAAUUUAAUAGGCUCAAAAAGUGAUUUCAAUGUUAUUCAAUUUUUUUAUUACUUACUGUCAAACCUGCUUAAAGAACCUCCUGUAUGAAGGAACACUUUUGAAACUCCACUUCUCUGUUAUUUCAUGUUAACAGAACCUGAAUUAUGAUACUUACUGCAUGUACGAGCUAAGAUGAGAUAAUUUACCAAAGGAUUAUAUAAUUUGUUCUUUUCAAUUUAACUGGCCCUUAUACCGGUACUGUAAGAAAAUCAAGUAAUUUAAUGAUUUUUUUUCAGUCUGUCCAACCAAAUAUUUACUAAUUCACCCCUGAAGACACAUUUGAACUCUUCUAAUUCAAAGGUUGUAACAGUACAUUAUGACAUUUCAGGGGUGAAGAGUUAAAAUGAAAUAAAAUAAUUAUUGAGUGAUACAGGCCUUAUGUGCACCUUGAUUUUAUAAUUCUGUGAUAAAGAGAAUCUGUAUGCGAUAAUAUCUUGUGAGUAACUUUACCAUGUUUCGCCAUAAUUUAUGUAUAGUAUGAUGUAAUAGCUACUAUUAAGCAAUGAAUAUUUUUCGUAUUAAUUGUUGUAAGUUUUAUGAAUCCUCUGUAAUAAUUAUUUAUUAUAAAUAUGUGUGAUAAAGUUCAUUGUAUGAAUAUUUUUGUAAAAAUAAUAUUUAAACGCACCAUACUGCUGAUAUUACAAAUGUUGUGAAUAAAGAAAAUGAC